GCUCGUUGUUGAAAAACAUGUGGGUAAACGUAUAGCCACGAGAUAAAUUUAUAUUUUUUAAAUUAAAUAAUAAAAAAUAUAAAUACAAAUUAUCAUUCAAAUUUAUAUUUUGUACCUCUUAAAUAUUAAAAUAGUUUAAAAAAAUUAAUAUUCACAGUAUUUACAAUGAAUUUAUUCAUUUGCGGUGUGUUAUUUUGGCUUAAUAUUGACAGAGCAUGCGUGCAAGAGACAACGAAUCAUAUUGAAAAUUCACCCAUCACCGGUGAAAAUAAUUUGACCGCGAAAUUCGAAAAAGAGCAACAAUUUAAAACAUUAUUCAUCACUUUUCGAAGAGAACAUUAUCAUGCUUUGCAAAAUAUUAAAAACUUACCAACGUAUGAAAGACAGUACGAAAUGAUUUCUAUUAUUAUUGAUCGAAUGGUAAAAAUUAUUACAGAAAAACGAAAAAUUUUCGAAGACUUUCAAGAUGAAUUAGACAAUGACUUUUUUUCAGACGCAAAUAAAACGGAUGCUUUAUUUGCUCUCUCAGAAAACACAGCAUUAUUUAGCGAUAUAGUUCUGCAAAUACCAGAGAUAACUCACCGAAUAUUGAAGAAGCAAAAAAUCUGGUUUGAUUCACUGAAGUGGUCAUUAAUAUUCAUCAAUAAAAACCGGUAUCUUUUGGAUCAGUCGACUACUGCGAUAUUGGAGCUCGCAUUGCAAGAACUCAAUAUAAUCACCCGAAUGCCAAAUUAUUCAAAUCCUUACGUGCAGAAUAAGAAGGGAAGGCCAUCAGUGAAAGGAUCGAGUUCGGAAAAGCAAAGAAAAACAAUGAAAAAACAUAAACCCGGUCCUCAAAUUGCUCGUGUAGAAUUAUAAAAUUCCAACAUGUAGUAUAAGUAUAUAUAAUAUAUAUAUUUAUAUAUAAAUAAUAUUGACAGUAAUAUAAAUUCCAUAAUAAUUAUUUGUCUCAACUAUUUUUACUAAGUCUUAUUUGUUGUUAGAAGAUUAUAAUCGAUAAAUCGAUUGAAUAAAAACUCGAUGGCUGUUGAUCAGUAUUUGUGUCAUCAAUGUCCGGUUAAAAUAAGAGAAACCUGAUGGAACUACCGAACCCAUGCUACUAUACUAUAUGGAUAUAUAAUAUAUUUAAAAAACACGUUUGCUUUCGCGUGAGAAUGUGGGUCUGUCUGCCCAACCGACUGGUUUCUCCUUCACAUUUUAUAUGACAUAGCUAAGACACACCACAAGAAGAUAUAUAUUUCAUUUUAACACGACAUACAAGUGCUGAGAAAUUUCAAGUUCAACGUUCAUGAUUGUAAUCGACGAAAACAGUAUGCAUUAAGAUAUGUUCUAAGCUUUCUGACUUUCACCACUCACGAUUUAACACAUUACCAUCACCUAAAUUUAAAUCAAUAGGCAUUUAAUAUUCACAGUUUAAAUUAAAUGUCAUGAAAAAAAUUAUUUAUUAUAAUAAUUAAUAAUAAACAAAUAACUUUAAGAUAUACC